CUCACCUUGAGCGCGAGUACCUACUGCCAGCUAGUAUCUAUCUAUUGUACAUUUAAUUAGUUGACAAAACAGUAAUUUGUUCUCUUUUAAUUACAUUUCUAAAUUUAUUUUUUAGUAAAAUUCUGUGUGUUGGCUAAUUCUUUUCUUUUAAAACGGCAUUUUUUAAAAACGUCCAAAUAUGGAUUAUAGAUAUUUUCUGAUUGCAUUCAUCUUGAAUGUUAAUCCCACACUAUCGGAUAGUGGUGAUGCUUCCAUCAUUACGCAGACUGUUUAUGGCUUUUUGGAUUUUACAACAACGAUAGGCAAUACAGUAAUGGUAUUUUCGCCACAAAGUGCUCCAUCAAUUGAUAAAAUUGACAUACCUACUAAUAUUAUCGAAACUAAGCCUUUUAUUGCAAAACCGUCGGAAGACGAAAGUAUUAAGCCUACGAAAGCAACGAACUCCGUUAAGAUACCGACUAGCAAACCGUUGGAGAAAAAGAACUUAAAAUCCAAUAUUGUUGAGGCUCAAAAGAAUAAAAACAACAAUAAUAGUAUUAUUAAUAAAGUUACAGCGAGUAGCUCAGUAGUUGUUGCUGCACAAACGCCACAAACGCCACAAACGCCACCAACACCAACUGAACCCGUCGAUGAGCCACCAACUCUUCAAAUAGAAAACAAUGUCUACGAAUAUGAUUUGCUCUCACGUCAACCAGCCGAAUAUGCCGAAGAAACCUAUCGUGUUAUAAACAACAAAGCUUCAGAUAAACCACGAAACAGACACAACCAGCGGCGGACCCAUGACAUAUCAUCCGAAGCCACUGUGGCGCAUGAAACACCAGCAAAUAGAUUAAAAGCUAGUCAGGCACCGGAAAAUAAACCACACUCGCCUGUCGCUGCACCUAAAGGAAAAAAACCGAAAAUAAGAUCAACAGCACCGCUGCGCGUACUGAAGACUACAUCACCUACGUUACCUAAGUCAAGUAAUAGCCCUCAAGAACAGAAAAAUAAUCGGCUAUCCGGAUCGAAUAGUAGGCAGAAUGGCAAGAGCAAUCGCAACCAUGGAAACGAGCAUGAACAUGUAUCUAUAACCGAAUCGGUGGUUGAAACGUCACAAGUUAGCCAAAGUCAUAAAAAAAAUUCGCCACGGAGUAAGCCUAAAAGGAAAAGCAAAAAUAAUAGGUCAUCAGCUGCGCACAAAAGUGGUGCAAUUAUUUUGGCAUCCUCAGCCGAACCGACACGCAAGACAUUCCGCUCAAAAGUGAGACCCUCAAAUGUAGAAACACAAGUUUCGACAAGCGUUUACAUGUUCAAAUUGAAUCGUACGCCCGGCAGAUGGCAGUACACAACAACACCAAAACCGAGAAUAUCAAUACGAAAGAGUACCGAAGGGAAUACCACCAAAGUCGUAGAUGCUUUUGCUGGAAAUCCCAGCUUAAAUAUAAUAUCAGAAAAUUCUGAUUUGGAGUCUUCUGGUUCGCAAAAUGGUGCUGUCGUCAAUAAUAUUGAUCAAGGUGGCAAUUAUCAGCAUCUCGUGGAGACCUUGAACGUGGAAAUUUCAACGCCAGCCGACUUCAAGGAUACUUACUAUGAGUUGGCGACUAUCAAAACGCCAUACGCUUUUCAGGUCGGUGGUUUGAAAAAGACCCGCUUCAUAACUGUCACUUCAACAAUAGAGAAGACGUUAACGCCCGAUCCAACUGAAGUACAAAUACUAGAUGGACCUCUAACCGAAAACAUUUUAGCAACGUCAACACCAGAGCCGAACUUUAUGCGCGACCCUAGCGUCACAACUCUCAAAGCUUUACACAUUUCAGAGAAUACAGAAACACCGAGUUUGGAAACGGUGGUCGACUCGUUUAGCACAACCUUGAAGAAGUUACGCACGCAAGUUUUACCCAUUGUAUAUGAUGUCAACAAUGAGACAUCGUAUAUAACACUCACACAAACUUAUGACAUCACAAGUCUUCUAACAGUGACUAAAACACUGUCACCUUUGGAGACGGAUAUACCGUUGAGGAGCUUUACCGAUUUUGGUGCUAAUCUAGAUGAGGCUGGCUCGGAAAUAAAUCUAGAAUUAGAGUUUGGCGAUGAGGAUAAUACAGAAAGUUCCAAAGAUGAUAAGCCAACUCGGGUCAAAUUAUCAGAUAUAGCUGAUCUCUUCGGCAAAUCGUCAAACCUUACUGCCGAGGAAAUUCAAAGGAUAGCGCUUUGGAAAUUGCAAAGUUCACAACAACAACUUCCCUCACUGAAUAUGCCCAGCAUUCCAGCGUUUACACCGGAGAGCACACUACCAUUCCCCUCCAUUGCGCCCUCUAUUAAUCCUUUCCUGUUGCCAUUGCAGCAAUUCCAGACGGUAACUUCGAGUUUUGUCCACGAAACGAUUGCCACUCAAACAAAUAGUAAAGUUUUAAAAUUAACCUUUGGCGCACGAACGGCCUACACCACAAUUUUCUCGAGCGCAGUUGUGCCGACGCGUGCCACCAGUUAUAUCACCACAACCAUUCCAGUUCAAGCGACACCACCCGCAUUUCCCGGAUACUUUCCACCACCGUAUCCCCAAUAUUAUCUCGGAUAAGUUUAGAGAUACAAUUGCUAGCGGGAUUCGUGGGCCCGUUUGUAUUGUUGUAUGUAUGUAUAUAGUGUUAGCAUCAUUAUUUUGUUUUCAUUUGGUCCCUUAUAAAAAUCCUAUUAAAUACUCGUUCAUUCCUUCACAAACAAAUCGAAUUUAGAAAAUAUGAGAUUAUUUCUGUGUUCG